AUGACAGAGCCCGACGCUGCUAGCAGACCAGUACCAGAUGAAGACGAAGGCUUAGCAGAGAACGCGGACCCUUGGAGGGAUUACCAGGCCCCGGGCGGGGAAGCCCAGGCCGAUCCACCUCCGGGGUUUUCUCCAGCACGGCGACAGCGCAGGGAUGCUGACUUCGCCGACUUUCAAGAGUUCCUUCAGAGACGACGCGAUCAACGCCAGCCCGGGCGCCGCGGGCGCGAUGCUGACGAGGAUGAUGAUGAUGGUGGUGAACCUGGCGGCCGAAGCAACGCGGGCCCGCCACCAACCUGGGACGGCACCAGCGAGGCCUUCCGGGACUAUGAGAUAAGAGCUAAGCUGUGGCUGGCGACUACAAAGGUGAAACCCCAGGCCCGAGGGCCUCUUCUUUUGAAGAACUUGAGCUCAACCCCCUUCGACGAUCUGAAGCACCUGGCAAGGGACAGCAACUGGAUGCAGAGUGCUACCAACGGGGAGGAGCUCCUGAGACAGAUGUCGACUAAGGAGCUCUACGGUGAAGAUGAGAGAGAAGAGAUGAUCAACACCUUGGCCAAGGUGACCUACACAUUGCGUCGACAACGCAAUGAAGGUCACAAGGCGUUCUUUGCCCGAUGGGAGCUGCAGAUCAGGAAGCUCAACGAGCACAAGGUUGUCCUCCCGGCCGAGUACUUGGGCUUCUUGCUGAUCAAUGCUCUUCAGCUGAGCCAAGGCGACAUCAAGUUGCUCAUGAAUUAUAACCAAGGCAAACUGACGCCGAAGGUGGUGAAGGAGUGGACCAGAGUCAACGAGGCCGACUUGGCCUGGAGAAGCUACGAGACGACCAACGCCAAGAAGGCCAAUGCAGUGAUGCACCUCGACGAGGAAGGCGACCAGACGGAAGAGGUCAACGGUGCGGAUACGGCCGAGGACCUGGAGAUCCUUCUGAACGCCAUGGACGAGCUCGAGGAGCCCGACGGCGGCCAGACCGAGUCCAACGAGGUGUUCGACGAGGAUGAGGUCAAGGAAGUCCUGGCGACCAUGGUGCGCGACUACGGCAAGGGCGGUGGCAAGCGCAGCUUUAAGGCGGUCAACGACGCCAAGAAGGCCAAGGGAUUGGCCCGGGGCUACGGGAUCAACCGCGACCCUCAGGGAAGAUUUGGACCACGUCAAGGUGGAGAUCCUGUCCGGACCGGCAACGCCUACAAGGUGUCGAUAGAGCUGCUGAAGAAGAGGACGAGAUGCAAGCGGUGCAACCGGUUAGGACACUGGCAUCGCGAGUGUCCCGAACGAGACAACACCGGAGCUGCCAAGGAGACGCACUACCUCGAGGAGGACGAAUCCGAGGAGGCAUUGUUCCUGCACUACAUGGACUAUAUCGAUGGCAAGCGUAGCGGUUCGUCGUCCAGCACCGGAGCGGUUGCAGACAACUACUUGUCUCGCAGCAGCCAGUCCUCCGGAGAGUUUUGCGGCCCCCGAGGUUGUAUUCUUCGGCCGGCAGUUUUCGAUGAAGGCACAAGUGCAAAGGCCCCGUUCCUGAUAUCCCUGCCCUUCCUCAUCUAUUGCAAGGCAACAUUGGUUCUAGAUCCAGAGCAAGGGAUGAGACUCAAGCUUGGCAGGUUCAAUCAUGAGGUGAUCAGUUUUGCAUGCCGCCUGAAGCUAACCGGCUCGAGUGCAUCGCAUAUCCAGGCAGUUCCCUUCCUCUUCCCGGUGCUGAUCGCCAUGAUGAGGGGAUCCCCGAGCAAGAGAACUCGGCGCGAGCCGGAGUACAACCCCAGCGAGCUCGGCUGGCGGAGGAUGGUUCUGCGCCUUAUGGUCCUAAUGGCCGAAGCGGUGCAGCGGAUGAUGAUGCAGUGCAUGGGGAUCACGCAACCCCAGGAGCAGCUUCGCACCCGACUGGUCGAGACCAUCCGGGACAUGGACGAGACGGAGAUCAAGACAGCGAAGGACAUCCUGGAGAACGCCGGCAGAGCACGGCAACACGACCCCGACCAGGAGGAGUGGAGCGUGAUCGAGCCCAUGGAAGGGAUCGAGGAGCAAGAACCUCGGAAGCGCCGAGUUCCAGAGACGGAAGAGGAGUUCGCGAACUACCCUGCAGUGGGGCCGGGAACGAACCGGCGCACCAAGUGCUACUGUGGAAAGCCGGUCGAGACUAUCCGGACCAAGAAGAUCGGGCCGAACCUACACCGACCAGGACAUGUGGAGGUCUUCGACACCAAGCUUUCUACGGAGCCCGACGCCAGAACUCCGGAGCCCAACAACUCCGGCGAAGGACCGCCACUCCGAGGACCGGGCACUGGGAAGAAAGCACCCCCAUGCGCCAAUACCGGACCGAACACCGUCGCCCAGCGAGUCCGUGGCAUCCUCAAGGAGCAGAAUGUCAUCGACAACGUCAGCCUCAAUGGAGUGCCCCCACCGGCACGUGACGUACCAAGGCUCCAACGGCUGGCAGAAGAUCAGCAAGUGCAAGGACUGCGGCAAGGUGCUCAAGCGGGAGUCCACGACGGCAGCGGAAGUUGCCUACAGGGGACUGGAGACGGUACGGGAGCAGAUGACAAGUCAACCGAGCACGGCGACCUCCUCAAAACGCAAUGGUCCACCACCGCCGACUCCGGUGAAUCAGCCACCGCCGGCGAUGACCAGCCCGACAAGUGCGGCUACUUCCGGAAGAUCCAGACGACCGGCGGUGCCAGAGGCGAGCGAGGAAGAGGAGUACGAGGAGUUCCUACGCUUCCGGGCUAUGCGGAACAGCUACCGGAAGAGCAAUCCCUAGGACAGCAGCUCACCGUCAGCGCCGGGCGGAAGAUGUCUUCCAAUUUGAGAAGGACGGAGCAGAUGUGGACCGAUCUGUGCACGUGCCUGACUACAACCCACAAUGACAAUCAGCUCGAGAACUUAAAAGAACGGUUCUUGCGCGAGCACAAGAGUGGCAUGAGUAAAACCCACAAGCAGUUCUACAGCGAACUCUUUCAACUAGAUGUGAACGAGAUUGAUCAGCUCGCCAAGCCCAAGCCCUUACAUGAGAAGUCAGGUUUUGUGCACCUCUAUAUCGCCGAUGCUACAGUUCUUCAAGAGAAAUUCGUGACUAGCCUGGCCGUCUCCUACCAACUUUACCAGAACAACAUCUCCGUGACUGACAAGCCGUACCAGAUAGCUGGCAGCGAUGCUGAGGUAAACCGGCUGGUCGUCAAGGGAGCGAAGGCGGAGCGAGCCUACGGCCAAGUCAAAGGCAAGGAUGCCAGACAGCUUCGGGUGCAGAACUUCUCUGACACUCUGCAAGAUGACAGCUUUCAUGACCUACACUACUUCACCGAGAGUGAACUGCACCAGAUCCAGGAUUACCAGAAGAAUCCAAAGCACAACGAGGGGAAGUUCAAGAUCGACGUAGAUUACCAGCUCCAGGAUUAUCAGAAGAAUCCGAAGCACAACGAGGGGAAGUUCCAGAUCAGCGUAGAGCACCAGCUCCAGGAUUACCAGAAGAAUCCGAAGCACAACGAGGGGAAGUCCUAUGAAGUCAUGGCAGGUGAGAUCGAAGUGGAUCAAGCACCAAUGGACCCCGAAAAGAUCCCGAAGCCAGACAACUACGAGCUGUGCCGUGGCUUCCCUUGGCGUACUACCUGGAGGCAGCGUGAAGAUGAGACCUGGCAGCUACUAGAGGACGAGAUCAGAGCGCACGAAGGCUUGGGACACCCCGAAGUUAAUCGGUUCGUCCGGAUGCUCCGGCAUUCCAAGGCCAGCGAGGAGGUAAUCGAGAUUGCCAAGAAGCUCAGGUGUUCUGUGUGCGAAGCCUACAAACUACCUGCAGCUGCCCGACAAGGCGCUCCACCCCGGGAAGAACUCUUCAUCAAUGACCUCGUGGGAGUCGAUACCGUGCACCUCAGGGACCACCAGAAGCGAGCGGUGCCGGCACUGAACAUCGUCGACUGGCACUCCCACUUCCAGCUCGUCAUACCAAUGGAAGCCGAGAACGCACCGGCAGCGAGGAAGGCCUACCGACAGUGGGUCAGGUUCUUUGGACCACCAAAGAAGGUAAUGUUGGAUUUGGGGUCGGAGUUCAAGGCUGAGUUCAAGAGGCAGAUCGAAGCCGAUGGCUCCGAGACCGUUCCAGGGGCACUAGAAGCACCGACUCAAAGAGGACUUACAGAGCGAGCAGGGGGGGUUUUCAAGGACAUCCUCUACAAGGCCAUGAUGACGCACAAGUGCAGUAGCACGGAAGAAUGGAAGGAGCUUGUGGAUGUGGCCUGCAUGCACCGCAAGCCUUCGCAGGCCGGGGAUCUCGGGGUGGCCCGGGCCACUCAGAUGAGAAAGGCAGCCGCCAUUGCGUUCCACGAGGCAGACUGCGACCAGGCGCUCAGAGCGGCAGCGCUGGCAGGGCCACGAAAACACCACAACUUCGAAGUCGGCCAAGCCGCCUUCUUUUGGAGGCGAGGUGCCGGAACGACGAAGAAGGACCGGGAAUCCUACUGGGCCGGUCCAGGGAGAAUCAUCAUGACCUCGCUCCCGAAUGCCGUCUGGAUCUCGCACCAAGGGACGCUGAUCAAGGCAGCCCCCGAACGAGUUCGACUAGCCACCGAGGAAGAGUCCCUCUCACUCAGUGGAUGGAUGAGAGGUAUCUCUCAAGCCAGCGCGGCCUUCGAGAGAAAUCCCGGACGAAACUUCCUGGACCUCACCAAGAACUCCGACGUGAUCCCCGAGGACGGAGCAGAACACAUGGAACCAGAUGACGAGAACAAGGAGGACCUUCUGGAACCACCUCCGGGACUAGCACCGGUUCGUAGAGUAAGGCAGAAGACAAGGAACUACGACACUCCUGUUCCAGAAGGAAGUCUUCAGCCGGACGACAAUGAACCCGGCCAGGCGUCCGGAGAGGCCGCCGCCGACGCAGUGCAAGAGACGGACAACAUGGAUGAAGAGAUCAACGAGGAGGCCAGGGGAGAGCUAAAGAGAGAGGCUGAGCCCGGCGAACCGGAACCACCCGGCAAAAGGAGCCGGAUCGAGCUCCUCGAGGUUUACCAUAUGAACCUGAAGAGCCUGGCGAAGCAGCGGCAAAAGAAGGAGGCGAAGUUGCACGACUUUGUUGGCAAAGACGCAGCGAGAUUGCACAAGGCCAUCCUCAAGGAGAUCAACAACAACUUGACAACCGGCGCCUACGAGAUCCUCGACCUCGAGAACUCAGAACGCCUACGGCAACAAAGGCCGGAGAAGAUUAUGGAGUCGCGCUAUGUCCUGACAAAGAAACCAUUGGAGCCAAGCGAGGUUCCGAAGGCCGAAGCAGAAGGGAUUCUGCUUGAUGAUAAGGCUCAUGGCCCCGUCAAGGCCAAGUGCAGACACGUCAUGAAGGGGUUCUCUGAAGAGGCUGCCCUGGAGGUGAACCGGGACUCCGUGAUCUUUGUCACCCAGGUUCUAGCCAGCAUGGGCUGGGAUCCAGGUUUUCUGGACUUCACGCAGGCCUUUCACUCCGGAGACAAAAUCAACCGGGAGCUGUACUGCACCCAGCCGAAGGAGGGCAUCCCAGGCAUCCAUCCGAGGCAGCUGAUCAAGCUGCUUAAGACGUGCUACGGCCUGACUGAUGGACCCUUUGCCUGGUAUCAACACCUCUCCAAGCGAUUGCUGAAGGACGGUUACACUGUGAGCCGUGCAGACCCUUGCGUGUUCCUUCUACAUGAGAAAGGAGCACAAGGUGAGAACUUGCGACUAAAGGGGGUCAUUGGCGUUGCUACAGAUGACCUCCUACAUGGAGGUGACAAGGACCACUGGGAGAACAUCGAGAAGAUCGCCCGGGACUACAAGCUCGGAAAGAACCAGACGAACGAGGGAAGAUUCACCGGCAAGGACUUCAAGAAACAAGCAGACGGUUCUAUUACAAUCUCUCAAGAGUUCUAUGUCAACGAGAAGGUUGAACAGAUCUUGCUUACACGAAAGAGGAAGCAACAGAGAUACUCGAAGUGCACGGCACCGGAGAUAGAGCAGCUCCGAAACCGGCUAGGAGUCCUCUCCUGGCUGGCAAAGGAGACACGUUGCGACCUUUCCGGAAGAGUCGCCCUACUUCAGCAGAGCUUUCCCGAACCGAGGGUCUUGGACAUCAUCGAGUGCAACAAGAUCAGCGAGGAGGCGGCAAAGCACAAGGACAUCGCGAUCAAGGUCAUGCCAAUUCCCUGGCGAGAUCUCCGAGUCUCGGUGGUAAGUGACGCCGCGUGGGGCAAUGCCAAGGACGCUCUAUGGAUCGAGAACUCUACGGAGGACUUCUGGGAGGAGACCGACACCAAGUGGAUCCGACAUCACCAAGGUGAACGCCGGACGACCUUUCACCCAGGAGCAGCCCCGGACGGACCAGAUCUACACGCGCUACUACCACAACGCGAGACAGAGUACUACAUGCAAGAGGGCGACCAAGUGGUACAUGAGAUCUGUCAAGAUGAGUGGUGCGACCAAAAGGGGAUCCGAGUCCUCUCCGAGACAUGCUGGAGAGGACGAACGGUGUUCUUUAAGGCAGAAGCUGAACAAGGAACGCCAGCGGCUCGAAUUCAUUCGAGCCUCCUACAACUCCAACAGCUCAGCAGCCAAGGCGGCCAGAUCAUAAUCUACCACCACCGCAAGCUGGCCGAAGAAAGCACUCCACAGAUGACAACCCUGGCAGCUUGGAAAAGUUUCAGGCUGAAGAGGAAGACAGUGGACACCCUAGCUGCAGAAGGCCAAGCUUUACAGUCCGGCAUAGGAUGCGUACACUGGCACCGUCUGAUGUUCCUGGAGGCCUUCUACGGCAUGAUGACUACGGACCACUGGAGAGAGGAGUCGCGAAGGCUGCCAUUCUUGGCAGCGGUCGACUCAAAGAGCCUUUACGACGCCACCAACAAAUGCAGCAGCACCACCGCCUAUAUCAGCGACAAGAGGACCGCCAUCGACAUCUCAGUGAUCAAGGCGGAUCUUUUGGAGACCAGCGGCAAGGUCAGGUGGAUCGACACCCGAGCGAUGUUAGCAGAUCCACUAACGAAGCCUCACCCGAGUCAGUAUCUCCGUUUCGUUAUGAGGUCGGGCCAAUGGUCGAUCGUCGAAGAAGGGACAGCACUCCAGCACAAGGCACUGGAGAGAGAAGGAGGGAAACCACAUGCCCUAUACUUGAUGUUUUGGGAAUUUAGAGUGUGA